CAGGCUGGACUCUUCAGAUCUAAUUGAGUCCAAUCAGGCUGUUCAGCUCCAGCUGUUGUAUCAGCAGCAUGCAGGCAGAAGUAAACCUGUGGUUCAUAUCAAAGAGUGUCGUCCAAACUGAAAGGAAAUAAACCGCUAUGACGUUACAGCUGAAAACCAAGGCCUGGCUCUUUGACCUGCACUGCUCUGUCGGUCUGACGGACUGGGACAUGGACAAGGAGCUGAAACUGGCAACAACCGGUGACCAGUUUUACCAUGACGACAAACUGAAUGAUCAAUACGUGGUACAGAGGCCUUCUGCAAGAGCUUCAAGGAGGAAAGAUGAAUUCAUCUGGUAUGAUAAAACUUCAGACACCUUUGUGAAGCCGAACCUGUGGCUGUUGGUCAAUCCUAACAUCGCCUGCCCCAUCCGGUAUGGAGCAAACACAGAGGACCUGCAGAAAGUCUGUGAACCUGCUGACGAAAUCCAAACCUCUGAACGGGAUCCUGCACAGACUAAACAACUGAACUCAGAGAAGCACAUGUUCACCUCCCGUGAUGCUACUCUGCGGGAGGAACAGCUGCAAUCUGUGUCCUCCUCUACCGACUACAUGAUCAGCAGUGAAGACCUCUCCUGUCGACCAACCAAGAACAGACGGAAAGGAAGGACCACCAAGGCGAGGGACAGUAAGACCCUGAAGCCAGGAUGCUGGCCUCGCCCUCCUGUGAACUACUGCAUCCUCAUCGCAUUGGCACUGAAGAGCAGCCACACAGGGAGCCUCAAAGUCCAGCAGAUCUACAACUUCACCAGAGAGCACUUCCCCUUCUUCCAGACGGCUCCCGAUGGCUGGAAGAACACCAUCCGGCACAACCUGUGCUUCAAUAACAGCUUCCGCAAAACCUGCAACCAGCUGUGCAGAGACGGAAAGAGGAAGUCUUGUUUCUGGCACCUGACUCUGGAUGGACACCGGCGGCUGAGGGACGAGAUCCGCACGUUGACCGGAGAAUCUUUCAAACAGCUUGAGAUGAGCAUGUCCCGACCGGAUACGAUUCAAAGUUUAUUUGCAAUGUGAUUGCAGUUGUAUGAGAAGACCAAGAGAUUAAAUCAAUGCAUAAUAAAACUUAAUAUGCAGAGAG